ACAAUACCCUUAUCCACCGUUGGAUCACACCCCUCACAACCUCACCUGCUCUCUCUUUUUUUUUUAUUUAUUUAUUUUUUCCUUUUUCUUUUCUUUAAGUUUUACCAUGGUUCUUAUAAAGUCUUGGACAAAUUUAUUUCAUAUAAAAUGUAGAAGUUUCCUUAAACUUAAACUCCUGAAAUUUGAAGUACAUAAUUUAUAUCCGUCUUAUCUUAAAUCAAACCUCACAUAAUAAUUCUUCUUAUUCAACUUAAACUCUCAUCGGAGGUACAAAGCAUGAAAUUUUCUUAAACUUGUACUCCAUGUAAAAAUUGAAGUAUUCGUAGUAACUUAUAUCCGUCUUACCAUCAAUCCGAACUCACAUGAUGAAUGAGUACUUUCCCUUAUUUAAUGCCCCAGAAUAUUCCCUUCUCAACUUUAACUCUCACUCCCUCUCACUCUCACCCUCACUCUCAAAAGUCUCAACCAAUACUCUCACUCUCUCUCUCUCCUCCAUUUACAAACAAUGUUGAGCAGAGACUACGAAAUCAUCGAAGAAAUCGGCAGCGGUCGAUUCGGCGUCGUUUCAAAGUGCAAAUCCCGUUUUACCGGAGAAUUCUUCGCCGUCAAAUCCAUCGCCAAAUCCUCUGUUUCCGGCGACACUAUCGACUCUCAAUCCCUCAUCAACGAACCCAAAGCUCUCCUCCUCCUUUCUCUCUCCUCCACGUCAUCAUCUUCCUCCUCGUACAUCACUCGUCUUCACUCCACUUACGACACUCCCUCUCACCUCCACCUCAUCCUCGACUUCUUCCCUUUUCCCUCCCUUUACGACGUCGUUUCACGCCAUCACCGAAUCCCCGAACCCGAAUCUCGCUCUAUCAUUUUCUCUCUCCUCCACGCCAUCCUACAUUGCCACCAAAACGGCGUCGUUCACCGCGACAUUAAGCCCGACAACAUCCUAUUCGACCCGGUUACAAAACGGGUCAAACUCUGCGAUUUCGGGUCGUCUGGGUUUGUUAACGACGGUGGGAGGAUGAAUGAGGUGGUUGGGACGCCGUAUUACGUGGCACCGGAGAUUCUAGAAGGAAAUGGGUAUGAUGAGAAGGUGGAUGUAUGGAGUGUUGGUGUCGUUUUGUAUGUAAUUCUUGCUGGAAUUCCGCCAUUUUAUGGAGAGAGAGUAGAAGAGGUUUUUGAAAAAGUUUUGAGGGGUAAUUUGAGGUUUCCUUCAAGGGUUUUUGGGAAUUUCUCACCUGCUGUUAAAGAUCUUUUGAGGAAGAUGAUUUGUAAAGAUGUUUCCAGAAGAUUCUCUGCUCAAGAAGCUCUUCGACACCCUUGGUUCAUGGCAAAUGGAGGGCAACCUACGACAAUGACCUGAAUCUAUAUAAAAUUAAUACAAGAAGACAACAUAAGAGUAUAUAAUAUGAAUAUGAAUAUGAUGGUAACAAAGCUAAGUAGUGUUCUGUUUUUAGCUUUGCGAGGAAGUAAUGUAAAUGAAGUAAAAGUGUUUGGUAGUAGUUGUUGUAGUUUUCUAGCUAUAAAAGCCCGGUUUUAAUUCAACAUAGUGGCUUUUGCUUGCCUUUGUUUUUUAGCAUUUGCGGGAAGGGUUAGGAGUAUAUGAGCAGCAAUAUGGUGUAGGCAGCUCUAAUUUGGAAGAUAUUGUACAAACUGCUAAUGGGAAUAUCUUCUGCUUUCUAUA